UUACGGUUUGCGGCAAAGGAGCUGAGGGCUGACAAGGAAGUCGCGCUAGCUGCUGUGAGGCAAAGGGGCUUGGCGUUAGCUGAUUGUGCCAAGGAGCUACAGUAUGACAGGGAAGUGGUGUUAGCAGCUGUGGCGCAGAAUGGCUGGGAGUUGAAUUAUGUGCCUGUCAAAAUGAGAGACAAAGAGGUUGUGUUGACCGCGAUGGCUUCACGUGGCGACGCCCUUGAAAUGGCUCCUGAAGCAUUGCGGGGGGACCGUGAGGUGGUGUUGACAGCUGUCAGGCAGAACGGUGGUGCCCUUGAGCAUGCGUCAAUGGAACUGCGGUCUUGCAAGGAUGUGGUCUUGGCCGCAGUGAUGCGAGAUGGCGAAGCCUUGGAACAUGCAGCUGCCGAGCUUCAAGCAGACAAGGACGUAGCUCUUGAAGCUGGAAGACAGACUGGGCUUGCCCUCAAUCAUGCCUCGCAGCAAUUCUUUGUAGAUGCAGCUUUGUGGCAAGAGGUCCGGCCACUGGUUCAGGAUCACUGGGUCUUCAGGGUGUCAACGUUGAGUGGAUCGUCAUGCUAUGUGGUGGCCGCAGGCCGUCAUUCAGUUUUCAAUAUCCUUCUCGAUGUAAGCACAAAACUGGACAUUUACUGGGGGACUGGUUGUUACGACUCACAUGAAAAGUUCAAGCUCUUGAGGGGCUCAGCCGAACUCCAGCUGUACAAUGCCACAGUGAGCUGGUGGGACCUACCAGAGAGUGAGAAGGGCACCAUAAUCGACCUGACACUUCUUGUUUUAAUCUGA